AUGGUUCUCAAAUCAUCUCAACUAGAAAACCAAACUGCAAUAAUGGAGUUUAUUUUGUUGGGACUCUCAAAUGAUCCACACAUAGAGGAUUUUCUUCUUCUUUUGAUUAUGAUCAUAUUUGUACUCACUAUCCUGGGAAAUAUAAGUGUUAUAUUAGUGAUCAGGUCUGAGCUUCACUUUCAAACCCCCAUGUUCUUCUUUCUCAGCCAUUUAGCUUUUGCUGACAUCUGUUAUUCUUCAGUCACUGUUCCUAAGAUGCUGGCAAACUUUAUUACAAAUCAGAAAACCAUUUCUUGGGAAGGAUGCAUUGCACAGAUUGCCUUCUUUUUCCAAAUUGCUGCUGCAGAGGUCUUCAUUCUCUCAGCAAUGGGCUAUGAUCGAUAUGUUGCUAUAUGUGAUCCCCUGAAUUACAGCAGAUACUUGACAAGAGAAAUAUGCAUUAAAAUGGUGGGUGGAGCUUGGCUUCUUGGAUUACUUUAUGCUAUACUGAAUGUAGUACCUUUGCUAAAUCUCCAUUUUUGCGGCAACAAUAUAAUCAGACACUAUACUUGCGAGCUUCCUUCCCUCUUGGCAUUGUCGUGUGCAAAUACCUUCACAAAUUAUAUUGUUCUUUUAAUAUCUGUGAUGGUAUUUGGUUUUGGCUCAUUUCUCAUCACACUUGUCUCUUAUAUUUACAUCAUUUUAACUAUUCUGAAAAUUAAAUCAUCAGUAGGCAGGCAGAAAGCUUUUUCUACAUGUAGUUCCCAUCUUAUUGUCCUGGGCUUAUUUUACAUUUCAGGUUUGAUUCGCUAUAUGAAGCCAAGUUCUGAAUCCUUCAUGGAUUUGGAUAAAAUAAUCUCUAUUCAGUAUAGCAUCUUAACUCCUAUGUUAAACCCCAUCAUCUACAGCCUGAAAAACAAAGAGAUGAGAUCUGGUCUAGAGAAACUAUUUGGAAAGAUGAGACCCAUUCUUUACCCAUGA